AUGGCUGGCAACGAAGGAAAGGCGUCUGUUUCAGGGUGGUGGAAAGAGGAGGCGAGAGAGGAUUCUGGAGAACGAGGAAAGAGGAAGAAGAAGAAGAAGAAGAAGAAGAAGAAGAAGAAGAAGAAGAAGAAGAAGAAGAAGAAGAAGAAGAAGAAGAAGAAGAAGAAGAAGAAGAAGAAGAAGAAGAAGAAGAAGAAGAAGAAGAAGAAGAAGAAGAAGAAGAAGAAGAAGAAGAAGAAGAAGAAGAAGAAGAAGAAGAAGAAGAAGAAGAAGAAGAAGAAGAAGAAGAAGAAGAAGAAGAAGAAGAAGAAGAAGAAGAAGAAGCGGUUGACCAAUAGCAGAGGCCCACCAACCUCCCGAGUCCCGGCCGGGCUGGGCUGCCUCGUCCUCCUUCAUCCCAACUCCACGCAGAGGCAUACAAUCAACGGCUCCGCAGCAACAGGCCUGGCCUCGGCAUCAGACAGGUUCUUCUUGCGCCUUGGCAUCCCUAUCCCUCGCCGCCUCGCCGCGUCUCUCCGCCGCUCGAGCUCGAGGCCGACGGGCCCCGUCCAGCCCAGCCCUCGCUCAGCCCGGCGACACGAGAUCUCGCUCCGCCACGUCAUCAUUGACGAGCCCGCCCUGCGGCGCCGGUGCGCGUGCUACAUUUACAUCGGGCCCAGGCGCUUCUGUCUGCCGCUGUAUCCUGCCAUUGACGGCGUGCUCCUCAAUUUCGCGUGUAACUCUCGGGCGGCGGCCUCGAGCCCUCCCGGCCAGAGGCGCUCACAAUCCUCGUCUCUGCUCUGGCCUGCCGCCAUGAAGGCCGACCCGACGGCGAGGCAGCACGCCUGCAUCAUGUAG